UAUAAUACAAUAUAUUGCAUAAUAUUCCCAAUUAUAAAUAUAUAUACGUAUAUUUAUAUCAUAUAAAUAAUAUUCCGCAGCGGUCUUCUGUUUGUCAGUCGUCGAAAUUGCCGUUACAUUAUUAAAUAUAAUAAUAACAAAAUAUUCAGACGUGUGCGUUUUCGAGCAGCAGAGGUUCGCGCGCGGCACACCAUUAUUCCGCACGGGACCGUUCGUGAUAUUGUAUAAAUGGGGGAGUACAAAUUUAGUGUAAAUUCUAGUUUAAGUUCUAUUGAGUACCAAUCGUCGGUGAACACGUCCGGGCUGCCAUCGUCGUCGUCGUCACAGUCGUAUUUUGCCGACGACGGCCCACAGCAGCUGCAGGACGUCACCGUCAAACAGCAGAUCUCACCGUCACCGGUCAACGGCGAUCACCAACAGCUGCCCUCCACCAAAGGCACUGUCAAAGAAGAUUCUGUGCUGGCAGCGUUAGGUGGUGGUGGUGAUAAAUCAUCGGGCGGCCCACAAAUGCAGUUACCAUCAUCUUACAACAAUGAAGCUAGUCUUAAUGUGAUAAACUCGUCAACCAACUCCUCUACGUCUAGUCUAUGGUCAGCGUCUGUUGAUGAUACAUUGAUACACGGGUUAAAUGCGUCUGCGGCUGCAAACAACGCUAAUUUUCCAAAUACUUUGUACAAUACUGGCCUGGGACCGCAUCACCAGCAACAGCAACCACAACAACAUCACCAUAGACGUCAAGCAUCUGGUGCCACACAUAAUUUCCCUCACAAUUUGUCUAGGCAACUGCAACAGUCAGCUCAUCCACAGAAUCUGUACAUGGCCAGUAAAGGAUACUCUUGGUCACAGUCACAUCAGAACUCGUGGCUUAAYUCUAGUCAAAAUCAAAGUGGUAUAGCCGGUUCGUCGUGGAAUCGUGGUCGUUCUGUACCUAAUUUGAAUCCAAUGCAUGCUUUAGCUGGUCGUAAGCCAAAUGUUAAUUACAAUCAUCAUCAACAUCAACCUUCUUCUAUGAAUUCAUCAAAAUUUAGACGUAGUACUUCAUAUCCAGGAAAAGGAUUAUUCAAUCAAAAUUCAACAACUUUUGACAUUAACAACAUCGAUGAGUCAGAUGUAAUGAGUUAUCAGGAACGAUGCGGAAACGGUACUGGACCUUUGGACAACAUGCGUAACCUUGAACACUAUUUAAAUGAUAUUAUGCGUUCUGGUACGGAAAAUCCUGAACACGUGAAAGGUUUCAUCAACUCGAACACUCUACAUUCUCUAGCUCACCUACAUGGUAAAUCGCCUUUUUUUCAAACACUCGAAGAUCAAACGGGAUUGUUGGACGACUCUGGUUCGCAUUUGAUCGAUACAUCCGUUCAAGCUCUGRCGUCACCAUCUAGGUCGUCGCCCCACAGUCAAGGAUCGGAAAGCAGUGAAAGGUUUUCCAGGAAAGUAUUUGUAGGCGGCUUGCCACCGGAUAUCGACGAAGAUGAAAUMACAGCUAGUUUCCGCAGAUUCGGUCAACUGGUGGUCGACUGGCCUCACAAAGCUGAGAGCAAGUCUUAUUUUCCGCCAAAAGGAUACGCUUUCCUUUUAUUUCAGGACGAGUCUUCGGUACAGCAAUUGAUCGAUGCGUGCAUUCAGGACGAUGACAAAUUAUACUUGUGCGUGUCUUCGCCUACCAUCAAGGACAAACCUGUGCAAAUUAGACCUUGGCGUCUGUCCGACGCCGAUUUUGUUCUGGACGCAUCCAUGCCACUAGAUCCUCGGAAAACCGUGUUCGUAGGUGGCGUGCCCAGACCGUUGAAAGCCGUCGAAUUGGCUAUGAUCAUGGACAGAUUGUACGGUGGAGUGUGUUAUGCAGGAAUCGAUACCGAYCCAGAGCUUAAGUAUCCGAAAGGAGCCGGCCGAGUAGCGUUUAGCAACCAACAGAGCUAUAUCGCUGCCAUUAGCGCCCGCUUUGUACAGCUCCAGCACGGAGACAUCGACAAGAGAGUCGAAGUCAAACCGUACGUGCUUGACGAUCAGAUGUGCGACGAGUGCCAGGGACAAAGAUGUGGUGGCAAAUUCGCACCGUUCUUUUGCGCCAACGUCACUUGUUUACAAGUAAGCGAGCCUACUAUUGCGAACUAUGCUGGGCAACGAUCCACUCAAGACCAGGCCGGGAAUUUCACAAGCCGUUAGUUAAAGAAGGCGCAGAACGUCCAAGAACUGUGCCUUUCCGUUGGUCAUAACGUAAGAUUCCGUAACGAGUAGUCACAUUUUAUUAAUCCAUUUAUUUGUUUUGUUUUUUUAUUUUAUUUUAUUAUUCUUACGCAUGUUUAUACAAAUGAUAUAAAAAAAUUUAAUGUUUUUGAAUAGUCUUUUUAAAAUCUGUCGUUUUUUAAUGCGAGAACUGUUUUUUACAAUUUUUUUUAAUCUACCUUUAUUACACAAUUAAGCCUCUACCGACUUAGGGAAAUUGAUGGUUUUUUUUUUUUUAUUGUAAUUAUUCUUUAGGACUAUUUAAAUAAUUCAGGGUAAACACAAUGGAUAGGGCUCUUUACACCGAGCAAAAACGAAUUGUAUUAGUACUAAAAACGAAUUGUAUUAGUACUACACAAACCUUCCAAAGAACUUAGAUUUUGUUUCGUUAGAACUAUUUUUCAUUUUAUUUUUAUUGUUUUUCAACUGUUGGUUUUUCUCUUUAUACUUAGAUAAUAUGCAACUUCCAAAAAGAUUUUUUUUUUGUUUAAUAACCUAACUUAAGAGUUUUGUUUUUAUUUUAUUUUAAAGUUUAUUAUUUUUAGACAAAUUGUUUCGACUACUGCCACCUUUUUAUCAUACAAUUUUUAUAGAUAUUGUUUUAAUUUUGUUUUUUUGUUUUGAUAAAAUGG